AUGGCUCCCCCACGAGGACGCGGUGGUCGUUUCAUGAGAGGCCGGAGAGGCCGUGGUACUGGCAGAAGAAAUGACUUUGCGUCGUCGCGGCUGCAGGAGGUGGAGUCGGACGAAUUAUCCGGCGCCGAUGCGCCGAGCAAUCGGAAAGAAGAGGUCAUUGAUAUGGGAGAAGAUACCAUGAUGGACGAUGCUUCUUCUAGCAGCGACGAAGAUGGGGAGAACACCGGCCGUCCGUAUAACGAACUACUCCAGCUGCUGAACGCCAACUCCGACUCGAAGGGGCCAGCUCGGAAAAAGAGAAAGCUUGCUAGUGAUAUUAAGAAGGACGAGGCUCCACGCACCAUCGCAGUUGACGAAGAUGAUGAGCAAGCCAACGAUGCUUUGCAAGACCAAGCUCCGUCCGACGAUGAGGAGGAAGCCCAGGAAGUGGACGAUGAUGAUGACGUUAUGGGGCCGUUCGAGAAGCACUUCAAUGCCCUUGAAGGAAACGAUCUUUCUCAAAAGAUUCAAUCUAUCGAGUCGAAUAAAUGGACCUCAGCGAAGAAGGAGGUGGACGGGCUGCGGCUGGUGCAAUCUAUCCCGGAGGUGGAAGGUUCCGAGAAGGCAGUACUACUUCCAGCGAUGAAGAGCACUGCCAACCUGAAGCUCAAAAACAAGUUAAAGCCUCGUGCUGCAGAGCUCCUGCCCACUAUCACUGGCUCCGCCCAACAGAUUGCCCCGUAUAUAUUCGACUACCAGGACGUUCUCUACGGCGCGCGUACCGCAUCCACCGCAGAAGACAUGCAUGACAUUAUGGCUCUCCACACAGUUAGCCACCUUAUCAAAACCCGAGACCAGGUGCUCAAGAACAAUGCCCGCCUGGCGAAGGACCCUGACACCGACAUCGAAUGCCGCGACCAAGGCUUCACUCGCCCGAAGGUCCUGUACAUUCUCCCGACUCGCCAAGCCUGUGUGCGGGCAGUCAAUGCAAUCACUCGGUUUUACCAGGUUGAGCAGCAGGAGAACAAGAAGCGAUUCAUGGAUACGUUCUCUGCCCCCGAGGAUGCAGGAUGGGAGAACAAGACCGAGGAUUUUCGCGAGCUGUUCGGCGGUAACGACGAUGAUAUGUUCCGAAUGGGACUUAAGUUCACCCGCAAGACGGUCAAAUACUUUGCGCAAUUCUACAACUCUGACGUGAUCUUGGCCAGUCCACUCGGCCUGCGGACGAUCAUGGACCAAUCCGAUGCCAAAAAGCGAGACUAUGAUUUCCUUUCCUCCAUAGAAGUCGUCGUCGUCGACCACGCCGACGCGCUCCUCAUGCAAAACUGGGACCACGUCUCCUACAUCUUCCAGCACCUCAACCUGCAGCCCAAAGAAGCCCACGGCUGUGACUUCAGCCGCGUACGCAACUGGUACCUCGACAACCAUGCGCGCUAUGUCCGACAAACCAUUGUCCUGGCCUCCCACAUCACCCCCGAAAUCAACUCGCUCUUCUCAGCGCAGAUGCAGAACGCCUCCGGCCGCAUCAAAUUCACGCCAACCUACGCCGGCGCUAUCACUGAGCUCCCGCUCCCGGUCUCAGUCAAGCAGACCUUCUCCCGCAUCGACAGCAUCUCCCCCGCGAAGGACCCGGACGCCCGGUUCAAGCAUUUCACCACGACAAUCCUCUCCACGCUCGUCAAGAACAUUGCCAACGGCCGCGGCAAGGACGGCGCAGGCACUCUUAUCUUCAUUCCGUCAUACCUCGACUUCGUCCGCGUGCGCAACCACUUCGCCACCUCUGCGCAGACAACGAAUGUCUCGUUCGGUGCGAUCUCUGAGUACGCCGAGGCGCGGGACGUCAGCCGUGCGCGCAGCCACUUCAUGAAUGGCCGCCACUCGGUGUUACUGUACACCGAGCGCGCGCACCAUUUCCGCCGCUACCAAAUUCGUGGUGUUCGCCGGAUUAUCAUGUAUGGAUUGCCUGAGAACCCAACGUUCUAUGGUGAGAUCGUGGGAUACUUGGGGCUGGACCCUGCUGCUGUGGUCGAGGCUGCGGAAGGCGGUGUCCGAGCACUGUUCUCGAAGUGGGAUGUGCUAAAGCUGGAGCGUGUUGUUGGAACUUCGAGAGUUGGCAAUAUGCUGCGCGAGAAGGGUGGUGAUACCUUUACUUUUGUAUAG